AGUGCCGCUUUUCAGAAAAAAACGCAGUAUUUCUUUAAAUAUCGGCGUUUCCUAAUAAGUCGGAACGACUGAAGCCGCAUAAAAUAUUUUUUUAAUGUUCUUAAAUGAAUAAAAAUAUUUUCGAAUAACAAUCUAAAGUAUAAGUAGCCGAUUUUUUAAUUUUUGCUAAAUUCCAAAGAAGUUAAACUAUAGCCAUCUAAUUAGGGGUCAGGAUUAAUAUAAAGAGGGCUGAAAAGGAAUUCAAAUUCCUCAUACCAUAUAACGAGUUUCAUAGAUUACGCAUUAUUUUAAGAUAUAAGCCUUCUCUAGAACGUUCGGAAAUGUCAUCUAGAAUACCGGAGUCUGACUCACAUGAAAAUGAGAUGAAGCUUAACCAUAAAAAUAACGAAACCAAAGAUUUCGACCCAGAUUUCAAUAGAGUAGUGUCCGAGAUAACCAAAGAAGGUAAUGACUCGAAUGAUACUUCUAAUCAAGACAAUGAUAUCGAAAAACAAAAUAAGAGUGAUUUGCAUAUGGAUAGAGGUUAUGCGUGGGUGAUAUGUUUUGCAAGUUUUUUACUUAACUUUUCAAGUUGGGGUCAAAAUUCAGGGUUCGCUAUUUACUUCUCAUAUUAUUUAAAUAAUAAUACUUUUCCUGAUGCAACCAAACUUGAUUAUAGUUUUAUAGGUGGUAUAGCAUUUGGAGUGGGUUUAUCAUUCAGUCCUCUCAUAAAUUUUAUGAUGGGUAAAAUAGGGACAAGACCAAGUAUAGCAAUAGGUAAUUGUCUUCAAUUCACAGCAUUAAUGCUUGCAAGUUUCAGUAGAAAGAAAUGGCAAUUGUAUUUAACUCAGGGAUUAAUGCAAAGUUUUGGUUUAGCACUUAUAUCUAUUCCUGGAACAACAGUAUUACCUCAAUAUUUCAAGAAGAAGAGAGUGUUAGCUGGUGGAUUAGCCACGGCUGGUUCUGGUGUUGGAGGUAUAUGUUUCAACCUAGGCAUGCAACACGUUGUUGAGACAAAGGGAGUAUUUUGGGCCUUAAGAACUCAAAGUAUAAUUGGAUUCAUUUUAGUAUGGGUUUCUAUAUCUCUCAUAAGAACAAGAGAUAAAACAAUCAAUAUUCAAUUUACUGCAUUUGAUAAAGAUAUAGUAAGAACCGCCGGAUUCUGGAUAUUUGCAUUUUUUGUGGUUACAUGUAUGUUUGGAUAUGUUGUUGUUCUCUACACUUUAGCACAAUUUACUACAUCUCUUGGAUACUCUGAAUAUCAAGGUUCAAUUUCUUCUGCCAUGGUUCAACUUGGCUCUGCAAUGGGUAGACCUUGUAUAGGGUUAUUAUCAGAUAGAUUCGGAGGUGUAACGGUUUCGCUGGUUGCUUAUACUGUUGUCGGUGUCCUUUGCUUAGCUAUGUGGAUUCCAGCAAGAACUUUUGGUACUGUGAUUGCGUUCGCUAUAAUAGAAGGGGCAUUAAUGGGAUCAAUUUAUGGUAUGUUAGCACCAGCAGUUGCUCGUACAUUUGGUAUCAGAAAGAUGAAUGUUACAUUCAGUAUGGUAUGGAUGAUUAUGGGAGUUGCCGGAUUGUUUUCUCCAGUAAUUGGAAUAAAAUUGAAACAAGGUGGAGGAGGAUAUGUUGACCCCACUCAAUAUGUGCACUGUGCCAUUUUUGCUGGUUGCUCCUUCCUAGCCAGUGCUGCUUCCUUAGUUAUAUUGAGAGGUUACAUCAAAGCCAGAGACUUUGUUUCCGAGAAAGGGGAUUCCGAUAGCAUAGAUCCAAUUGGAAUAACAGUAUCUGUAAGGGAUGUACUUAAAAGUUGCUUCAAAGAGAGUCACGAAAAGACGUAGACCAGUACGGUUACCAGUACGGUUACCAGCUUACACUACUGGACACACCUAUUUAUUACCUACAUGUAUCAUCUAAGUAUACAAUCUAUAUAUUAAUAUUUAUUUAUAU